AGUUCAGUUUAAAAAAAAAAAUAGUGGCGUCUCACUUUCUUUUACAUUACUUUUUUUCCAAUAGUAUGAUUUCAAAAGGAAAUCAGUACCAUUAAUGUUGAAUUACGUUUUAUUGAUCCUGAUUUUUCUUGAAGGAGUUGUCUUUGCUAGUUGCGCAGAAAAACAACCAAGUUGACUAUGGUUUGGCCCAAUUGACAUUUUGUAAUUUUUGUGAGAUUUUAGAAUUUCACCAAUUUUCAGCCGUUCUAUUUUAAGACAAAUGACUGAUAACAGUUUUUGAGUUUUCCGUGUUAAAUUCACAUACAUCAGUCAUGCUUUGCGUUAUCGUGUUUGAGGUUUUACUAUGAGAGCAGUCUUGAGGAGUAAGGCGGAUUUAUUCAGAAGGGUUGAUAUAGAAUCUAUUUGGUAAUAUGCAAUGGAAAAGCAAGGGUUGGAAAGGGCGCUGGCUGUGGGCUGUGCUGGUGCUCGCUCUGUGCCCUCUGCUCCUUGCUCAGAAGAUCGGUGACCCAUACAAGAUACUGGGUAUACACCGCAAGGCUACUCUGCCAGAAAUACGCAAAGCUUAUCGGCAAUUAGCUAAAGAGUGGCAUCCGGAUAAGAAUGAAGAUCCGAAUGCAGAGACCCGUUUUGUGGAAAUCAAACAAGCAUAUGAACUGCUCUCUGACACGGAACGAAGGCAGGCUUAUGACUUGUAUGGUAUAACGAACGAAGACGACCAUCUAUAUAAACCCAGACAUGAUUACAGCCAGUAUGCAAGAUUUAGUAACGACCCAUUUGAAGAGUUCUUUGGGACGCAUUUCCGUACGCAAGACCAGGACAUCACACUGUUCCACAAACUUUCAGUGACGGCGCGACACUUCGAAAACAACAUUUUCGAGAAGAGUAUUCACACUCCAGCAUUAGUCUUGUUCUACACUGACUGGUGCUUUGACUGUGUGCGUUCGGCCGCGUCAUGGCGGCGCCUUGUGGAGGCCUUACAGCCGCUCGGCGUUACCAUGGCAACGGUCCACGCCGGCCACGAGGCCAGCCUGGCGCGCAGGGUGGGCGUGCACGGGGUCCCGUGUCUCACCUUCGUGCUGGACAAACAUGUCUAUAUUUAUAAGGAGGGGUUGGCUUCGCUGCCGAAAAUUUUGGAGUUCAUGCGCUGGAAGUUCCCGUACAAGCUGGUGAGCACGAUCAGCGACGGCAACGUGGACGGCUUCGUGUCCGACUUCGAGGACAACAAGGUCAAGGCGCUGAUCUUCGAGGAGCGCCAGACCAUCCGCCUCAGAUACCUCAUCACUGCAUUCCACUAUAGAGAUAGAGUCGCCUUUGGUUUCAUCGACAUGCGGUCUCGCGACACGGGCAACGUGACGGCGCGCUACAAGGUGCAGCGCCACACGGACAGCAUGGUGCUGCUGAAGGAGGACCGCGCCGAGCCCGCCGCCACCGUCAGCACCACCGAGAUCCCCACGCAGACGCUGCGACAGCUCAUCGAGGCCAACCAGAUGCUCACGCUGCCGCGACUGUCCUCGCAGAGCGUGCUGGAGAGCGUGUGCCCGGUGGAGUGGCGCGCGGCGCGGCGGCGGCUGUGCUGCGUGCUGGUGGUGGGGGGCGCGGGGGGCGCGGGGGGCGCGCGCGGGGGCGCGGGGGGCGCGGCGCGCGACGCGCUGCGGGCGCUGGCCCGCGCCGCGCCGCCCGACCGCCUGCACUACGCCUAUCUGUACGCGCACAAGCAGCCCGCCUUCCUCACCGCGCUCGCCAACGGCUCCGGCAGCGACGUGUCUGAGAUGGAGCACCGCAUCGUGAUAAUCUGGCGUCGCGAGGCCACGCGCGUGCAGUACGAGUGGCUCAACGAGACCUGGCCCAGCUGCGCGCACGAGCACUGCGGCGCCGAGCAGUUCCCCGCCGACCCCGCAGCGCGGGAGGACCUGCUCAAGUACCACGAGAGGCUCAACGAGACCAAGCGCGCGCUCGACCAGCUCAUCAAGCGACUGCUCAAGCCCACAGAGGUCAUGGCAUAUGAAGCUCAUGUACAGGAGCUGCUGGACGAGGCGGCGCUGGGGCGCGUGUGGCGGCUGGUGCUGUCGCUGUGCGAGUGGUCGGAGCGCGCGGCGGCGGGGCUGCGCACGCAGCGCGCGCUCUCCGCGCUCUCCGUGCUCGCCACCGUCGCGCUCGUGCUCGCCGCCGGAUACCUCAUGGCCUACCUCAUGUAUGUACAACACUUGUACUGUCGCUGUGCGAGUGGUCGGAGCGCGCGGCGGCGGGGCUGCGCACGCAGCGCGCGCUCUCCGCGCUCUCCGUGCUCGCCACCGUCGCGCUCGUGCUCGCCGCCGGAUACCUCAUGGCCUACCUCAUGUAUGUACAACACUUGUACUGUCGCUGUGCGAGUGGUCGGAGCGCGCGGCGGCGGGGCUGCGCACGCAGCGCGCGCUCUCCGCGCUCUCCGUGCUCGCCACCGUCGCGCUCGUGCUCGCCGCCGGAUACCUCAUGGCCUACCUCAUGUAUGUACAACACUUGUACUGUCGCUGUGCGAGUGGUCGGAGCGCGCGGCGGCGGGGCUGCGCACGCAGCGCGCGCUCUCCGCGCUCUCCGUGCUCGCCACCGUCGCGCUCGUGCUCGCCGCCGGAUACCUCAUGGCCUACCUCAUGUAUGUACAACACUUGUACUGUCGCUGUGCGAGUGGUCGGAGCGCGCGGCGGCGGGGCUGCGCACGCAGCGCGCGCUCUCCGCGCUCUCCGUGCUCGCCACCGUCGCGCUCGUGCUCGCCGCCGGAUACCUCAUGGCCUACCUCAUGUAUGUACAACACUUGUACUGUCGCUGUGCGAGUGGUCGGAGCGCGCGGCGGCGGGGCUGCGCACGCAGCGCGCGCUCUCCGCGCUCUCCGUGCUCGCCACCGUCGCGCUCGUGCUCGCCGCCGGAUACCUCAUGGCCUACCUCAUGUAUGUACAACACUUGUACUGUCGCUGUGCGAGUGGUCGGAGCGCGCGGCGGCGGGGCUGCGCACGCAGCGCGCGCUCUCCGCGCUCUCCGUGCUCGCCACCGUCGCGCUCGUGCUCGCCGCCGGAUACCUCAUGGCCUACCUCAUGUAUGUACAACACUUGUACUGUCGCUGUGCGAGUGGUCGGAGCGCGCGGCGGCGGGGCUGCGCACGCAGCGCGCGCUCUCCGCGCUCUCCGUGCUCGCCACCGUCGCGCUCGUGCUCGCCGCCGGAUACCUCAUGGCCUACCUCAUGUAUGUACAACACUUGUACUGUCGCUGUGCGAGUGGUCGGAGCGCGCGGCGGCGGGGCUGCGCACGCAGCGCGCGCUCUCCGCGCUCUCCGUGCUCGCCACCGUCGCGCUCGUGCUCGCCGCCGGAUACCUCAUGGCCUACCUCAUGUAUGUACAACACUUGUACUGUCGCUGUGCGAGUGGUCGGAGCGCGCGGCGGCGGGGCUGCGCACGCAGCGCGCGCUCUCCGCGCUCUCCGUGCUCGCCACCGUCGCGCUCGUGCUCGCCGCCGGAUACCUCAUGGCCUACCUCAUGUAUGUACAACACUUGUACUGUCGCUGUGCGAGUGGUCGGAGCGCGCGGCGGCGGGGCUGCGCACGCAGCGCGCGCUCUCCGCGCUCUCCGUGCUCGCCACCGUCGCGCUCGUGCUCGCCGCCGGAUACCUCAUGGCCUACCUCAUGUAUGUACAACACUUGUACUGUCGCUGUGCGAGUGGUCGGAGCGCGCGGCGGCGGGGCUGCGCACGCAGCGCGCGCUCUCCGCGCUCUCCGUGCUCGCCACCGUCGCGCUCGUGCUCGCCGCCGGAUACCUCAUGGCCUACCUCAUGUAUGUACAACACUUGUACUGUCGCUGUGCGAGUGGUCGGAGCGCGCGGCGGCGGGGCUGCGCACGCAGCGCGCGCUCUCCGCGCUCUCCGUGCUCGCCACCGUCGCGCUCGUGCUCGCCGCCGGAUACCUCAUGGCCUACCUCAUGUAUGUACAACACUUGUACUGUCGCUGUGCGAGUGGUCGGAGCGCGCGGCGGCGGGGCUGCGCACGCAGCGCGCGCUCUCCGCGCUCUCCGUGCUCGCCACCGUCGCGCUCGUGCUCGCCGCCGGAUACCUCAUGGCCUACCUCAUGUAUGUACAACACUUGUACUGUCGCUGUGCGAGUGGUCGGAGCGCGCGGCGGCGGGGCUGCGCACGCAGCGCGCGCUCUCCGCGCUCUCCGUGCUCGCCACCGUCGCGCUCGUGCUCGCCGCCGGAUACCUCAUGGCCUACCUCAUGUAUGUACAACACUUGUACUGUCGCUGUGCGAGUGGUCGGAGCGCGCGGCGGCGGGGCUGCGCACGCAGCGCGCGCUCUCCGCGCUCUCCGUGCUCGCCACCGUCGCGCUCGUGCUCGCCGCCGGAUACCUCAUGGCCUACCUCAUACGCGUGGAAGAGGAGUCGGUGCAGCGACAAAAAGAAGAAAGGAAGAAGCAGAAUGGCGCCGUCAAGAAGAACAACAACGAACCGAGCUCGGAGCUGAGGCUGCAUGAGCUGAGGGCCGAGAAGUAUAACGGACUUGUUAGACUAUUGAAGCCCGGUUGCCGAACCAUCGUAUUACUGGUGGACAUGCAGAGUCGAGUGCAGCUUCUCUCCAAGUUUCACAAAAUUGUGUGGCCUUAUCGCAAGAACAAGACGCUGGUGUUCGCGUACCUGUGCGUGGAGCGCAACAUCGUGUGGUUCCGGCGCGUGCUGCAGCUGUCGCUGGGCGGCGGCGAGCUGCGCCUCAACGCGCGCAACUGCGUGGGCACCGUGCUGGCGCUCAACCCGCACCGCAAGUACUUCUGCAUCUACCACGCCAAGCACCCCGAGUGCGCCAAGCCGCACAAGCGCAUGUCGCGCAUGACGCGGUCCCUGGGCGAGAGCGGCGCGCGCGACCCCGAAGCGGGCGCCUUCAUCGGGUUCCACACCGAGCCUGACUCCUCCGACAACGACGACGCGCUCGACCCGCCCGUGCUCAUGCAAGAGAAUCUUCUGGACGGGCUGGAGAACUGGUUGGACCGGCUGUUCGAGGGCAGCACCCACCGAUACUACAUCAACUACUGGCCGGACAUGACCACCAAGUGAGCGCGGCGCCAACCGCUGUGAGCACUCACCUUUGUUUACUCUCUCCACUCUUACCUUGGCGUAACUAGGCAUAUUAAAAAAACACGGGCUGUACAGACACAGACCUUUGCAUGACUAACAUUGAAUUAAAAAGUAUACGUGUCAAUAACACAUGUCAUGUUUAUGUGUGUUUAUUUGAGAUUUCAUGUCCGCCAUAUUGGAAUACAAGUAUAGAACGCUAGUUUGCUUCUUAAAUAAAGCUAGUGAUAAUUGUGUAUUCUGUCUUACUAAAACAAACACAAUAAGUGUUUAAAACUUUAUUUAUGAUUGGUAUAUCUAGUUACGCCAAAACACUAUAGAGAGUUCAAACAUAUUUAUUUUUAUUAAAAUGAGUUCUCGAUUUUUUUCUCGUUGUUAAGAAAAUAUACUGCCCGGUUAUUGUCGUUUUUCGACCGUAGUUAUUAAUAAGUAUGUUAGUUAUUCGUAAAGGUAUGCCUUAGCGCUGGUACCCGCUGCCAGUUCCAAUUCGUAACCCGAAGUCAUGAGACCAAUUAAGCUGGCUACAAACAUUGGCCCAACAAGGGUUGGGGUAAAAGAAAGCUAGGUACAAUGUUCGGACCAAUGUUUGGAGCUCUGAUACAAUUGCAUAUUUCUUUACUUAUUGGACGGUUGGUCGCGCUUUCUCGGAACGUGAGUCUGUGUGGCUGAGUACGGUAAGACGAUAGCUUCGAUCGAUAAUGUCGUACGAACAAAUGUAAACCAUGUUUCUGAACGCAGUUCGGUUGAAAACUUCUCAGUUUCUAGAUUAAGGAAUCUGGAGGACGUUUCUCUGCAAGCUUGGGCUUGUGCUCAAUAAUAUAAAGUGCCUCGAUGCUGAACUUGUGAUAAUCAUGAUACAGACAUGCCUUAAACGGAAAUGGGGUAAAUUCUAUUUACUUUGGCUUAGUUUGUUUUUAAUAGAACAGAACGCAGUAAUUUUUCCCUUAACCAGUAAGAGUGAAACGUAUACAAAGCAACUGUGUACUAGAUUUAUUAUGUUAAAGUCUAUACAGCAGUAAAAACUAAAGUGUCUGAUUGAAAAAUGUUGGUUUCAACCGAAUCGUGUCCGGAACAUUAGGCCAAAUUGUAUUAGUGCCUAUGUCGAGUAAUUAGGCGAACUGACUCUCCUUCGAUAGGUGUUAGCUAAAUUGUAGCUCAGAUGUUUAUCAAACAGCAGAAAUCAGUGUGAAUGGUUUGUUUAUAUACUUCAAAUGAUCAUAUAUCUAUGAUACGACUAUUCCUACGUUGUCAACAAAUACACUAUAACAAAGUAAUUUGCUCAUACUAACAAAAUAUAUUACCAUUUACACUGGCAUCUGUCCAGAAAAAAAAUGGAAAUUAAUAAAAUAUUCACACUUUUAUAUAAAUAAAUUAGCUGUAAAUUAGCAGUUUGUCUUCACGAUAUCACAAUAACUAGUGUUAUAGUACGAUACAAUAAUAAGGACAGUAUUACGUCACCGCACCACUUAGAUGGUAAACACUACAUGUCGUGAUGGACAUCGAUGUCUAUUGCCAUAGACCAAGUAGAUUCCUUUUCUAUCGCAUCAAUAACGCAAUCACUUUUCAUGGCGUGGCAAAGGACAGUUAGAUACUGAGGAGAUGAUGAAUUUCAUAGCAAUCGAAAUUGGAAAAUAACUAUGCUCAAUCUCUUAUUCGAAUUCGAAGUACAAUUGUUAUUAUUUAUUUGGAAAGCUUACAUACAAACACAUAAAAUGCAUGUAAAAGCUUCAGACUCAUACACUAACCAUCAAUAACGACCAAUAUAUGUGAUGAAAGUACAAACAAACAAUGUGCCAGAAUUUUUUGAUCUAUAUUUUGUAGCAGAUUCUAUAGCAAUAGAGAUUGAUAUCUAUCGCGAUAUGUAAUAACUACUUUACACAUUUUUAAAUCUUUAUACAUUCUACCUAGUGCCAUUUGAUUGAGCUUCGUAAUACUGCCUGUGAAGUGCUAGAGUACACAGAAUAUGCUGGAGAAAGAGUUUUCAUUGCCUUUGCCGAGUUUUUUACUAAAAUGAUUCAACAUUUUAAUAUUGAUUUUGUCAGUACUGUAAUCUCAAUACAAUAACUUUGUGUGUAAUUAUUUAUAAAGCAAAUGACGUUUAUUCACUUUCGUUCAUAAAUAAAUGUCACUCGACCGACAUUACAAUAAUAAUGCUCUCUUUUUAUAUAUAAGGCUCGGUGAAUGUACCACAAAGGUCGGAAUUGCUAGACAAAUCGCUGAAUUAGUAUUCAAAUAGUAUUAAAGUUGUUAAAUUAUUUCGAUUAACAAUCAUGUUUAUUGUUCCUGAGUGGAGUCGGUUGUCCCGAACAACAUACUAGUCAAAUGUAUUACCAAAUGUUAUUUUAUAAUUUAGCUAAAUAUAAUAGUUGUCGCCUUAGUUGGUGUGUAUGCUGUCGUGAUCGGGAACGAGUGUUUUAUUAUAUAAGUCUUUACAAUCGUGUGUUCAAAUCGGAAUGAUAUAUUGCAUGUCACAAGUUUUAAUUGUCGGUUAAAUUAAUUAACUAUAAUUAUUGUCUACAGUUGUUGUUAGUGAAAUGUUAUCUUCUUUCUUGCCAGUUUAAAUGUUUUGCCUGUUGCCAGUCUCAAAAAAAUUAACUUAUUGCAUUGUGACUAUGGCUGUACAGUUAGUAUUUCGUUUAUGUAACUAAUUAAAAAUAAUCAUCACAUCUCUUCUACAAGAUUCAAUCCACCUUCAUAUACAUCUGCCUACCUGAACCUGUGGAGCAUCCCCAUGACUAUCCCCAUGAUAUUUAUUCAUACUUUCUUUGUUUAUGAUUUCGAUUUAAACCACCUCAUGAACUACUACUACCUGCUACCCUGGUAUCACCCUCAUACUUACGUACUUUCAUGGUACUUACUACCAUCAUGUUCUAUUAUCACCUGCUCUCCUUAGUACUGCCCACAUGUUCUAUUACUAUCUGCUCUCCUGGUACUCUGCCUUUAUAAUCUACUGCUACCUACUCUCCUGGCACCACCCUCAUGCUAUCAAAAGUAUCCUAUGUCCUUCCCCUGGUUGUAAGCUACCUCCCCAACAAUAUCAGUCAAAUAAGUUCAGCCGUUCUGGAGUUAUAAAAUUUGUAACUAACACGACUUUCUUUUAUUCAUAUAGAUUUAAGGCGAAUCAUAUUGUGUUAUAUAUCCGUGUGUAUGGUUACAAUAAAUUGCAUUUUUUUUACAAAAUGAGUUAGAUAAAUAAAAAGACAAAUUUGUAUAAAUCUUGGAAUUGUAUCAUUACGUGAAUGUUUAUAUUGUAUCUGUUUAACCUUUCUUGGUGGGGACGGACCCGAGAAUGUACAGAUAAGGGUCAUCUCAAAUAUGUAUGUGCAUUGUUUAACUUCAUAACGCGCACGAUUACCUACAUAAUGUUCUAUUUCGAGAUCCUUGACCUGUAGAAGUUGCUUGCGUGCCUCUAAUACAAGGUCUUGAAGUACCUCGAUUACUAUUGUUGAAGCAAGACAGUGCGAUACACUACGCAUAGCUUCGUCUUGCUUUGGCAACAGCUGUCAUCCAGCUUCAGAUCUUGUGGUAAGCGCGCUCUAGUUAUUAUAUUUCAAAACUUUUAUAAUCGUUGUUCAAUUAGUAUUCAUUUUACAUUAAUGUUUGCUGUUAUGGUUGCACUUGUUAAUUGCGUAUUUUGUUUAUAAACUGAAUUAUCUUUCUUGGAAAGUUUUAAUAUUUUAUUAUAUUGUGCAAAUUGCACAGAGAAAGCAACACGGAAAUAUUUGGAUAGGGAUGUGACAUUUCUUUAUCUAUUAGUUAGUAAAGAAACCGUACAUUAAAAUUUCCUUCCACAUCCGCAAAUCUAAUUAAAGAUGUGAUGGUUGGGUUCCUGCAUAUAUGAACGGAUAUGGAUAUUUUAGGAAACAACGUAAUAUGUUACGUAUAUUUAACCGCAGCUGACCUAUCCCCCCAAAUGAAUUGUAUAAAUGUGCUGUUUAACCUUUGUUGCCAUGUCUUCUAGUUAUAAUUAUCACCGCGUUGGUGUCUGUAUAUGGGUUGUUGGUAAAGCUUGUCUAUUCAUACUAAAAUAUAAUUAUGAUUGUAUUUAAAUUAUUUUUAUUGUUAAGAUACACUAAAUCUAUCCUUUAUCUUAAUUCCAGUAUCGAUUUGUACAAUACAUUAUUAAAUAUUGUUCUUUA